UAUACUAGUCAGUUCGAUAUAGUGCCUAUAACUUAUAACAGUUAUAACUUUAAAUAUUAUAAUUAAAAUACGUAAUUAAAACAUGUUGGUCGUUAUAUUAAUAAGUUUACUAGCAAUUGCGCUUUACAUAAAAUUCAGAUAUUCACGUAUUCCUUUAUAUAAGUUUGCCGAAUCGUGUCCCACUGCGGGUGAUCUGCCCAUUUUAGGACAUACACACUGGUUCAUUGGAGGACCUGAAAAAAUAUUCAACAACAUAUGCACUUUGGUGGAUACAAUUGAGGCCAAAGGGGACACUGUAAGCUCCGUGUGGAUUGGUCCAUCUUUGUAUAUGGUGUCGUUGAACCCAGAGGAUGUGCAGAAGAUUCUGGAGACUUGCCUAGAAAAGGAUUACAGUUACAAAUUCCUUCAAACAUGGCUUGGAAAUGGAUUAUUUGUGGCACCAAUUGAUUUAUGGAAGGUUCAUAGAAGACUAAUGCUACCGAUAUUCCACAACCGUAUCAUUGAGGAGUACAUAGAAGUGUUCGGGGAACAGGGAAAUAUCCUUGUGGAGAGAUUACAGGAACAAGUCGGGAAGCCAUCCUUCGACGUCUAUGAAUACAUUACGUCGUGUAUGCUGGACAUUGUAUUCGAAACGUCAAUGGGCAAGAAAAUGGACGUGCAACACAACCCUGAUACGCCAUACCUGCGCGCGCGCAAGACAGUGAUGUCGAUCAUCAACAUGCGACUGUUCAAGGCGUGGUUGCAACCUGACGUACUCUUCAAUUUGACGUCUCACGCUACUGUGCAGAAAAAGAAUAUUGAUGCCACUCACAAGUUUACUGAUGAGGUUAUACGGGACAAGAUUGCUGACUUUGAUGAAGAGAAUUCCAAAGAAGGUCGAAAAGACAUAUUACAAUUGCUACUGGAGAAAAAGUUAGCAUUCAGUAACAUAGAGCUGCGGGAACACAUAGACUCGAUCACCAUAGCUGGAAACGACACUACGGCGCUGGUGAUUUCAUAUGUCCUACUGUUAUUGGGAGAACAUCAGGAUGUACAGGAGGAGGUGUAUAAAGAAUUGAAAAUGAUUUUUGGUGAUUCUCAAAGAAAGCCAACCAAAGAGGACAUAACGAAGAUGGAUUAUUUAGACAGGGUUAUCAAGGAAACGAUGCGAUUGUACACAGUCGUGCCUAUAAUUGGACGAACAACGCAGAAAGAAUUAAAACUUUCAACGUGCACAGUCCCAGCUGGCGUUGGCUGCGUCGUAAUACCCAUGGUGUUGCAUCGUUCAAAGAAACUAUGGGGUCCUGACGCCCACAGUUUUAAUCCAGACCGAUUUCUUCCAGAAAACUGCGCGUCCAGACAUCCGUGUGCCUUUAUACCGUUUAGUUACGGUACUAGGAACUGUAUAGGUCGAUACUUCGGAAUGCUGGCAAUGAAGAGUAUUCUCGCCAAUAUAUUAAGAAGUUACAAAGUAUCAUCACAAUCGUUCGAUCGGCUCAAGAUUGAAAUCCUACUCUUCCCAGUCAAUGGUCAUCAAAUUACUUUAGAAAAACGACUGUAAAUGUAACUGAUUAAUAAAUAACAUUCAUGACGUACCUAUAUACCUAUUAUAGUAAUACCUUUAAGGAUAGAUGUAAUGUUUAAGAUAAAUAUAUAAAUUAUAACUAAGA